AUGUCCCGCGUUACUACAGAAGCGCUGCCUUACAUGGAGCCGUCAAGCCUUCGCCCACCGAUAGAGCGGAUUGGAGGAGGGGAGGGAGGGUCGACCGGCCACAGUCGUAGCGCCAGUCGGAUCAAGCUCACGGGUCACAAAUCCAUCAGCAGUCACCAUGCGACCCUCUCCAUUGAAGCCGUCGCGGCUCGACAUUCCACUUCACUUGGGCACGGCCUACACCCCUCCGAUGCCUCGACGCGCCUCCACAUCCAAGGACCGAACGAGCUACCUCACGAGGAGCCCGAGCCACUAUGGCUGCGAUUUGUUCAACAAUUCAAGGAAACCUUGAUCCUACUCCUAUUGGCAAGCGCUGGUAUUUCUGCAAUCAUGGGCAACUAUGAGGAUGCCAUCUCAAUAGCAAUUGCAGUGACGAUUGUGGUCACGGUCGCAUUUGUCCAGGAAUACCGGAGCGAGAAGAGCUUGGAAGCGCUGAACAAACUGGUCCCUCACUUUGCGCAUGUAAUACGGACUGUAGCGGACGUAAACGGCGAGGCGAAAGGACCAGGAAAUUCGAGUGCUGCAAACGCGGAGUCUGCGAGCACAACCAUUUCCGCACAGCAGCUAGUGACAGGUGAUUUAGUACUGUUUCACACUGGCGACAGGAUACCAGCCGAUAUCAGAAUUACAAAAAGCGCAGAUCUGAGCAUUGAUGAGAGCAAUUUGACAGGAGAGAAUGAGCCGGUGGGGAAGACAGCGAAUGUGGUGAAUGUGGGUGCGGUGAUGAAUGGACACGCCGAUCCAAAUGCCUACCAGGGGACAGUAGCUGGAGGGGACAUACGCCUUACGGACCAGAUGAACAUUGCAUUCCAGGGUACGCUGGUUCGCUCAGGCUACGGCCAGGGCAUUGUCAUUGCAACCGGCGGGGACACGGAAUUUGGUGCUAUAAGCGCAUCGCUGCAGGAGAUCGAGGCGCCCAGGACACCUCUCCAGCAGACCAUGGACAGUUUAGGCAAGGACCUCAGCYAUAUGUCCUUUGGUGUCAUUGGAUUGAUCAUGCUGGUGGGCUUAUGGCGAGGCAUGGCUUUCCUCGAGCUGUUUCAAAUUGGGGUUUCUCUGGCAGUUGCAGCCAUCCCCGAGGGGCUGCCCAUCAUCGUGACGGUCACGCUCGCGCUGGGUGUGUUGAGGAUGAGCAAAAGGAAUGCCAUUGUGCGGAGACUUCCCUCCGUCGAAACACUUGGAUCGGUCAAUGUUGUCUGUUCCGACAAGACGGGAACCCUUACUGUCAAUCACAUGACUGCGACUAAGAUGUGGUCCUUUGGGGACAGUGCGCCCCAGGAAGUGUCGAAGGUGCAGACAAGUUCUCCCAACGGCACCACCACACAGGCGGUUCUUCGUGCCGCCAAUGUUGUCAACAAUGCCCGACUCAACACGCAUUCACACGGUCAGGUGACUGCCGCAAGCGCAGCUGUACUGGCCAGCACUGGUGGCGACGAUCUUGCAGACGCCAAGUCCCGCUGGGCUGGUCAACCCACGGACGUAGCACUCCUCGACUUGUUGGACAAUUUCCACGAAGACGAUGUCCGCAGUCGAAUCGGCGAGCGCAAGCACGAGAUACCCUUUUCCAGCGAACGCAAAUGGAUGGGUGUAAUAGUUGAAGGCAGCGAUGGGAAUGACACUGCCUACAUCAAGGGUGCAUUGGAGAGAGUAAUCGCCCGGUGUGACACAUACAUAUCUUCCCUGGCCGGUGAAGUUGUCAUGGAUGCCACACGAAGAGCAGAGGUAGAGCGUGCCGCCCAGACCAUGGCAGAAGAAGGACUCCGUGUGCUUGCAUUCGCAUCGGGACCUGUCAAAAUGAAUUCCAAGCCUCGAUCUCGUUCUACCACUCCUAACCCACCUUCAACAUCCAACGAUGAAACGUACUCGGGUCUGUGCUUUGCAGGGCUCGUGGGCAUGUCAGAUCCUCCGCGUAAAGGCGUAGAUCGAUCUAUUCGCCGUCUCUUGGCUGGUGGAGUGAAAGUCAUCAUGAUAACAGGUGACGCAGAAACUACUGCAGUAGCCAUUGCCAAAAAGCUCGGUAUGCCCAUCAACUUGAAUUCGGCACUUGGAUCUCCGGUCCUCCGUGGCGACCAACUGGACAACAUGUCACCCGGAGAUCUUGCAGGCGUUAUGGAUCGCAUCUCCAUCUUCGCCCGCACAUCGCCAGAGCACAAACUCAAGAUCAUCUCCGCACUGCAAUCUCGCGGAGACGUGGUUGCAAUGACCGGUGAUGGUGUAAACGAUGCUCCCGCGUUGAAGAAGGCGGAUAUUGGAAUCAGCAUGGGAAAAUUGGGAACAGACGUGGCGAAAGAAGCCGCAGACAUGAUUCUCACCGACGACGACUUCAGCACCAUCCUAAGCGCGAUCGAAGAGGGGAAAGGAAUCUUCUAUAACAUUCAGAAUUUCUUGACCUUUCAGCUCUCCACAAGCGUGGCGGCGCUAGGUUUAGUCAUGAUGAGCAGUCUGGGAGGGUGGAAGAAUCCACUCAAUGCGAUGCAGAUCUUGUGGAUCAAUAUUCUCAUGGACGGCCCUCCAGCCCAAUCCCUCGGCGUAGAGCCCGUGGAUCCCGCUCUUCUGACCCUCCCUCCCCGACCUCGAAACGCCCGCGUCCUAACCCCACGCCUAAUAAGACGCGUCCUUCAAUCCGCGACUAUCAUUCUCCUCGGCACAUUGUAUACCUACGUCUCGAACCUCACGACCGAGGAUCUGGCAGCUCAUUCUGUUUCCGCACGAGAUACCACCUUGACAUUUACGCAAUUCGUUGUCUUUGACAUGUUCAAUGCACUUUCCUGCCGGUCCGCUACCAAGAGCGUUCUCAAGGGGGAGCUACCGCUUUGGGGAGAGGGAGGCAAUUCCAUGUUUAAUUUUGCAGUGCUGGGUAGUUUGGUGGGGCAGGGACUUGUCGUGUAUUUCCCUCCUCUGCAGGGAGUGUUUCAGACAGAGGCGUUGGGAUGGUGGGACCUAGGGAGGUUGGUGGCUGUUGGUAGUUUGGUGCUUUGGGUCGACGAGGGGAGGAAGUGGUGGGAACGGAGGAAAUCAGGGGGUGGGAGCGCCGGGAGAGGCUACAGUUCGAGGGUUUAA